AUGUCUUGCUGCGGAGGAAGAUGCGGAUGUGGUGGUGUUAAGCCAGCUAAUGUUGAUGACGAACAUGUUAUCCAGGCUUUCAAGGAUGCUGUUGCUCUUGCUAACCAGAAGAACGGAACAAAUCUCGAAUUUGUUGAGCUUAUCACAGCUACACAGCAGGUUGUUUCUGGAUUCAUCUUCGAGGGUGUCGUCAAGACAAACGAUGGUGAUUACAAGGCUAAGAUUUGGUGCAAACCAGGAAACACAGAGAAGGAACUUCAAUCUUUCGAAAAAUACUAA